AUGAUUAUGUACGGUCCUACUUCAACUUUCAAUGUUUGUGAAUUGUAUCACAAAGAUAAUGUAGUUUGUCCACCCAAGCUUAAGAAGGGUUUGUUUACCACUGCAGCCGUGGACAAUAUUGACCACAACCCGACAUCAACCUCCGCAAAGACUGCUUUUCAUGGGACGGUGAUUACGCUCAUGCAGCAUAAAUUCCCAGAAGAAACAGGUGUCGCCCGUGACUUCGCAACACAGUCAGACAAUGUAACUCCUACAUUGAAUAUGAAGGUCAAGCAGCUUCCUUCGGACUACGAAAUAGUUCCUCCAUGUUUUGUAGACAUAAAGAAGUCAACAUGCCCACAGUCUGAAAUAUACACUCAUGAUGUAUCAACUACCACACCGUUGGUUAUAGAGAAAGACUGGCUAGAGAGUACAAUGACAAAUGAUUUCAAGCCAUGGGCUGCGCAUCAUGCUGCAACUGACAAAGAUAUCCAAGAGCGACACAGCACAGACAUAGCUAUCUUGCCGUUGUUCAGAGAAUAUGCUCAUACACCCGCUAUGAUGCUGCACUCAAUGAACAUAGUAACCAAGGCAACGAAGUUCAUUAAUCCCGACCAGAUUCCCGUAAUUGUCGCCGAUCAACCACUGUAUACCCUUCUAAAACAACUGCAAUAUUUGUUUCCCUUGAAGGUAGGAGAGGACAAGAUUUUAAUAAUGAUGGGUGGACUACAUAUUGAAAUGGCUGCUCUUCGACUAAUUGGACAGUGGUUGAGUGGAAGUGGGUGGGUGGAAGCCUUAGUACAGGCAAAUGUGACGACACAGGGUAGAUCAGAAUCUAUGUUGACAGCAUCACACGUAACACGAACGAGAUAUGCUCAUCAGGUGACUGCCGCAGCUCUGUAUUAUUUGCAGAAAGAGGCCUACCAAGCCCAAUUGGAUGUCGGCGAUGAAGCACAAGGGCCGUUAAUCACUUUCGGAGAGUGGCGUCUGGAAAAAUGCGCUAGCACGCCUCAAUUCAAAUAUUGGGAUUUAGUGCUGAAUCUCGAGCUGAUGAUCUUACAAUGGCUCUCAGUUCAUCUCAGAGACUUAGUGAACUUAGAAAAAAUGCAUCCAGACUUGUUGAAGCAUUUCGAAAAAGGCCAAUUCGUGGCAAGAAAGACUGAUAGGCCCUUCUCUGGAAUAGCCCUAGAUCAAGCGCAUGAGCAAAUUAAUGCUAUCCUAAAGGGAGAUGGUGGUAUGAUUGGCAUUACCGAAAAUGCUGACUCUUUUAGCUAG